CCAACGUAUAGUACAUGAAAAUUGGAUGGCUUUUUUGUUUUCUCUAUAAAUACCCCCACCUCUAUCCCCAUAAUUGUCCCUUCUUUUGAUUAUUCAGUAUAGUGUGUGCGAGUGUGUGUGAGAGAAAGAGCGAGAGCGAAGCUAGAGAGAGAAAGCAGGGGUUGCUGGUUGGUCUAUUUUUUCUCCAGCAUCUGAUUGGGAGUGUGGUGAUUCUUUGAAGGGUUGAUACUUUACCGAACCUAAAAUCAAUGGAGGUAUUUGGCAAAUCUAUGGUAGCUCUUUCUACCAAUGUUAUUUAUCUGUCAACUAUUCUUGGCCAAGAUGGGCCUAACCCAGUUCACAAGUGUGAUUGGAAAUGCGAAAACGAAAAUGUAAUCGGGAACAUGUAUCGCUGCAAGAUAACAGGGCUGACGCACAUUUGCGACAAAAACUGUAACCAGAGAAUUUUGUAUGAUAACCAUAGCUCCCUCUGCAGAGUCAGCAAACAGGUUUUCCCUCUAACGCCAGUUGAGCAACAAGCUGUGAGGGGUGUUCGGAGGAAGCUCGACUCUGAGAAUUGCCCCACAGAGAGCUGUGCUUUUAAGCGCAGAAGGGAUGCUCAGUAUAAUCCCUCGCCAUUUGAGAGGUCAUUUACUUCUGUGGGUCCCAUCUGCAGCCCGAUUGGUGAUGGCAUGGAUAUGAGCUAGAUAUUAUAACUGCUAAUUUCACAUCCGUCUUCGUCUUUCUUUUUUUUCUCUUUUUUUCUUACUUUCUCAUGGACGAGUUUAAAGACUUAAAGGAAUUCAUUGAGUACCUCAAUGGCAGACUUUUAUGUAGGAAAACUAUAUGUUUAACUUUCCUUUAUUUGAGUUGUAGCUGUACCUAUGUUGCGAGAGACUUAAACUCUUAGGAAUUUUAUGACGCUAUAUCCUGUGAACUUAUUAUGAAGCUCGAAUUGCAUUUGAUAGCUGUUUGCAGCUUGAACUAUGAACAGGGAAUUAGAAUGCUUAGCCUUUUUGCUAUUUAA